GUUAGGCAGUGAGAAGUUAGUGGCGCUGCUGGGACGGGGGGAAGGAGACGCUUCUUCCUCCUGCUGCUCCUCUCUUUCUCGGAAUCGGCGGCGGCGGCGGCUCCGAGUGACUCGGCAGCGUCUCCGGUUCGGCGUGUGAACCAUGCUGACCGACGGCGGAGGCGGCGGCACCUCUUUUGAGGAGGACUUAGACUCUGUGACUCCGCGAUCCGCCCCAGCCGGGGCCUCGGAGCCGCCUCCGCCGGGAGGGGUCGGGCUGGGGAUCCACACCGUGAGGCUCUUUGGAGAGCCCGGACCCACGCCGGGAGUCGGGGGCGGUGGCAGCAGCGGCGCAGCCGGAGGGGACGCGGCGCUGGAUUUCAAGUUGGCGGCUGCCGUCCUGAGGACCGGAGGCGGAGGUGGUGCCUCUGGCAGCGACGAGGACGAGGUGUCCGAGGUUGAAUCAUUUAUUUUGGACCAAGAAGAUCUGGAUAAUCCAGUGCUUAAAACAACAUCAGAGAUAUUCUUAUCAAGUACUGCAGAAGGAGCAGAUUUGCACACUGUGGAUCCAGAGACACAGGCACGACUAGAAGCAUUGCUAGAAGCAGCAGGAAUUGGCAAACUGUCAACCCCUGAUGGUAAAGCUUUUGCAGAUCCUGAAGUACUUCGGAGACUGACUUCCUCAGUUAGUUGUGCCCUGGAUGAAGCUGCUGCUGCACUGACACGAAUGAGAGCAGAAAAUAGCCACAAUGCAGGACAAGUGGACACUCGCAGUCUAGCAGAAGCUUGUUCAGAUGGAGAUGUUAAUGCUGUUCGUAAAUUGCUAGAUGAAGGCAGAAGUGUAAAUGAACAUACAGAAGAAGGAGAAAGCCUGCUGUGCUUGGCUUGUUCAGCAGGGUAUUAUGAAUUAGCACAAGUAUUGCUAGCUAUGCAUGCUAAUGUUGAAGAUCGAGGGAAUAAAGGAGACAUAACUCCUCUGAUGGCAGCUUCCAGUGGAGGUUAUUUAGAUAUUGUGAAAUUAUUACUUCUUCAUGAUGCAGAUGUGAACUCCCAGUCUGCAACAGGAAACACUGCACUAACUUAUGCUUGUGCUGGAGGAUUUGUUGACAUUGUGAAAGUGCUACUUAAUGAAGGUGCAAAUAUAGAAGAUCAUAAUGAAAAUGGGCAUACCCCCUUAAUGGAAGCAGCCAGUGCAGGUCAUGUGGAAGUUGCAAGAGUUCUUCUAGAUCAUGGUGCAGGCAUCAAUACUCAUUCUAAUGAAUUCAAAGAAAGUGCUCUUACACUUGCAUGUUAUAAAGGCCAUUUGGAUAUGGUUCGCUUUCUCCUUGAAGCUGGUGCAGAUCAAGAGCACAAAACAGAUGAAAUGCACACUGCAUUAAUGGAGGCUUGCAUGGAUGGACAUGUAGAGGUGGCACGUUUGCUUUUGGAUAGUGGUGCCCAAGUGAACAUGCCUGCAGAUUCAUUCGAGUCUCCCUUGACACUAGCUGCUUGUGGAGGACAUGUUGAAUUAGCAGCUCUACUUAUUGAAAGGGGAGCAAAUCUUGAAGAAGUUAAUGAUGAAGGGUAUACUCCCUUGAUGGAAGCUGCUCGGGAAGGACAUGAAGAGAUGGUGGCACUACUCUUAGCACAAGGAGCAAAUAUAAAUGCCCAGACAGAAGAAACUCAGGAAACUGCUCUUACCUUGGCUUGCUGUGGAGGAUUUUCUGAAGUUGCAGAUUUCUUGAUUAAGGCAGGGGCUGAUAUAGAACUUGGCUGCUCCACACCUUUGAUGGAGGCAUCUCAGGAGGGACACCUGGAAUUGGUUAAAUAUUUGCUUGCUGCUGGUGCUAACGUGCAUGCUACAACAGCAACAGGAGACACAGCCCUAACCUAUGCUUGUGAAAAUGGACAUACAGAUGUUGCAGAUGUUUUACUUCAAGCAGGAGCUGACUUAGAGCAUGAAUCUGAAGGUGGGAGAACACCUUUGAUGAAAGCUGCAAGAGCUGGUCAUUUGUGCACUGUGCAGUUUCUUAUCAGCAAAGGUGCCAAUGUGAAUAGGGCUACAGCUAAUAAUGAUCACACAGUGGUGUCACUCGCAUGUGCAGGAGGCCAUCUGGCAGUUGUUGAGUUACUUUUAGCUCAUGGAGCUGACCCUACUCAUCGACUCAAGGAUGGUUCAACAAUGCUUAUUGAAGCUGCAAAGGGUGGCCACACUAAUGUUGUUUCUUAUCUAUUGGAUUAUCCCAACAAUGUUCUGUCAGUUCCUACCACAGAUAUAUCUCAACUUACCCCACCUUCUCAAGAUCAAUCUCAGGUUCCACGUGUACCAAUGCAUACACUUGCCAUGGUUGUACCUCCCCAGGAACCUGACAGAACUUCACAGGAGUACUCCCCUGCCCUUAUAGGAGUACAGAAAGGUACAUCCAAGCAGAAGUCCAGUUCCCUGCAGGUAGCAGAUCAGGACCUACUGCCACCUUUUCACCCAUACCAGCCUUUGGAGUGCAUAGUAGAGGAGACUGAAGGCAAGCUGAAUGAACUGGGACAAAGAAUUAGUGCUAUUGAAAAGGCCCAGCUUAAGUCUUUGGAGUUAAUUCAAGGUGAACCUCUGAACAAAGAUAAGAUAGAAGAACUUAAAAAGAACAGAGAAGAACAAGUCCAGAAGAAGAAGAAAAUACUGAAAGAACUGCAGAAAGUGGAAAGGCAAUUGCAGAUGAAAACACAACAGCAAUUUACCAAAGAAUACUUGGAAACCAAAGGUCAGAAAGACACAGUGUCUCUGCACCAGCAGUGCUCUCAUAGAGGAGUCCUCCCAGAAGGAGAAGGAGCUGGUAGUCUUCCAGAGGAUCACUUUUCAGAAUUACCUCAGGUUGACACAAUCUUAUUUAAAGAUAAUAACGAUGAUGAUGAGCAGCAGUCUUCACCAUCGGCAGAGCAAAUUGAUUUUGUCCCAGUCCAGCCUUUAUCACCUGCACAGUGUAACUUUGCCAGUGACUUAGGUUCUAAUGGGACAAAUUCUCUUGAACUACAGAAAUUAUCAGGUAAUCAGCAAAUUGUAGGACAGCCUCACAUUGCUAUUACUGGCCAUGAUCAGGGGCUGUUAGUGCCAGAACCAGAUGGACUAAUGGUUGCAACUCCAGCCCAGACGCUUACCGACACUCUUGAUGACCUGAUAGCAGCUGUGAGUAGCAGAGUGCCCACUGGUUCAAAUAGUUCCUCUCAGAUCACAGAAUGUCUUACACCUGAAUCCUGUUCACAGACUCCAAGCAAUAUGGUUCCCCAACCUAUGCCCCUGGUGUAUCCUUCAGUUGACAUUGAUGCUCAUACUGAGAGCAAUCAUGACACAGCAUUAACACUAGCUUGUGCUGGUGGUCAUGAAGAACUUGUAUCUGUACUUAUUGCACGGGAUGCUAAAAUUGAGCACAGAGACAAAAAAGGUUUCACACCACUGAUCUUGGCAGCAACAGCAGGGCAUGUUGGAGUUGUUGAGAUCCUUUUGGAUAAAGGUGGAGAUAUAGAAGCACAAUCUGAACGAACUAAGGAUACUCCACUUUCAUUAGCAUGUUCUGGUGGACGUCAGGAGGUGGUAGACUUGCUGCUGGCUCGAGGUGCAAACAAAGAGCACAGGAAUGUGUCUGAUUAUACACCCCUGAGUCUAGCUGCAUCUGGAGGAUAUGUCAAUAUCAUUAAGAUUCUGCUUAAUGCUGGGGCAGAAAUUAAUUCAAGGACUGGGAGUAAACUAGGUAUUUCUCCCCUGAUGUUGGCUGCGAUGAAUGGACACGUUCCUGCAGUGAAACUGCUUCUUGAUAUGGGUUCAGACAUUAAUGCUCAGAUAGAGACCAAUCGGAACACGGCUCUCACACUGGCCUGUUUCCAGGGCCGAGCAGAAGUAGUGAGUUUGCUUCUGGACCGCAAAGCCAACGUUGAACAUAGGGCAAAGACUGGUCUUACCCCCUUGAUGGAAGCUGCUUCUGGAGGAUAUGCAGAGGUUGGAAGAGUUCUCCUUGAUAAAGGAGCAGAUGUCAAUGCCCCUCCUGUGCCUUCCUCAAGAGAUACUGCUUUAACGAUAGCGGCAGACAAAGGUCACUAUAAAUUUUGUGAGUUGCUGAUUAACAGGGGAGCCCACAUUGAUGUUCGUAACAAGAAGGGAAAUACACCACUUUGGUUGGCCUCCAAUGGCGGUCAUUUUGAUGUAGUCCAGUUACUUGUGCAAGCAGGUGCUGAUGUGGAUGCAGCAGAUAACCGGAAGAUCACACCCCUUAUGUCAGCAUUUCGCAAGGGUCAUGUAAAAGUUGUUCAGUAUUUGGUGAAGGAAGUCAAUCAGUUCCCUUCUGAUAUAGAAUGUAUGAGAUACAUUGCAACAAUUACAGAUAAGGAGUUAUUGAAAAAAUGUCACCAAUGUGUUGAGACAAUUGUAAAGGCUAAAGACCAACAGGCUGCAGAAGCAAAUAAGAAUGCAAGUAUUCUUUUAAAGGAACUUGACUUGGAAAAGUCAAGAGAAGAGAGCAGAAAGCAGGCUCUCGCAGCUAAAAGAGAGAAAAGAAAAGAAAAGAGAAAAAAGAAAAAAGAGGAACAAAAAAGGAAACAGGAAGAAGAUGAGGAAAACAAACCCAAGGAGAAUUCAGAACUACCAGAGGAUGAAGAUGAAGAAGAGAAUGAUGAAGAUGUGGAGCAAGAAGUUCCCAUAGAACCUCCUAGUGCAACUACCACCACCACAAUUGGAAUCUCUGCAACAUCUGCAACAUUCACAAAUGUAUUUGGGAAAAAAAGGGCCAAUGUGGUGACAACACCCAGCACCAAUCGGAAAAAUAAGAAGAAUAAAACAAAAGAAACCCCUCCUACAGCACAUUUAAUUUUGCCAGAACAUAUAUCUUUAGCACAGCAAAAAGCAGAUAAAAAUAAAAUAAAUGGAGAACCUAGAGGUGGUGGUGCAGGUGGGAAUAGUGAUUCAGAUAAUUUGGACAGCACAGACUGCAACAGUGAGAGCAGUAGUGGUGGUAAAAGCCAAGAAUUAAAUUUUACUAUGGAUGUGAAUUCUACUGGUGAUAGGAGGUACCCCUCACAGCUCCUCAAUUCCCAAGAAGAAAAGACAAUUGCAACCACUCCCAAAACUCAAACACGACUUGAUGGUGAAGUGAAUCCCAAUGCUUUGUCAACAAGCUACAAGUCAGUGUCACUGCCAUUAAGCUCCCCAAACAUAAAGCUUAAUCUCACUAGUCCUAAAAGGGGUCAAAAAAGAGAAGAAGGGUGGAAAGAAGUUGUACGAAGGUCAAAGAAAUUGUCUGUUCCAGCCUCAGUGGUAUCCAGAAUAAUGGGAAGAGGAGGAUGCAACAUCACUGCAAUACAAGAUGUUACUGGUGCCCAUAUUGAUGUGGAUAAACAAAAGGAUAAAAAUGGCGAGAGAAUGAUCACAAUAAGGGGUGGUACAGAAUCAACAAGAUAUGCAGUUCAACUUAUCAAUGCACUUAUUCAAGAUCCUGCUAAGGAACUAGAAGACUUGAUUCCCAAAAAUCACAUCAGAACACCUGCCAGCACCAAACCCAUUCAUGCAAACUUCUCACCUGGAGUAGGUACCACAGCAGCUUCCAGCAAAAAUGCAUUUCCCUUGGGUGCUCCAACUCUCGUCACUUCACAGGCCACAACAUUAUCUACGUUCCAGCCUGCUAAUAAACUUAACAAGAACGUGCCAACAAAUGUACGUUCUUCUUUCCCCGUUUCACUUCCCUUAGCUUAUCCCCACCCUCAUUUUGCCCUGCUGGCCGCUCAAACUAUGCAACAGAUUCGGCAUCCUCGCUUACCUAUGGCCCAGUUUGGAGGAACCUUCUCACCUUCUCCUAACACUUGGGGACCAUUUCCAGUGAGACCUGUCAAUCCUGGCAAUACAAAUAGCUCUCCAAAGCAUAAUAAUACAACCCGUCUACCUAACCAGAAUGGGACUGUCUUAUCCUCAGAAUCUCCUGGAUUAGCUACUGCCAGUUGUCCUAUCACUGUCUCUUCAGUAGUUGCUGCCAGUCAGCAACUGUGUGUAACUAAUACCCGGACUCCUUCAUCAGUCAGAAAGCAGUUGUUUGCUUGUGUGCCUAAGACGAGUCCUCCAGCAUCAGUGAUUUCUUCUGUGACAAGCACUUGUAGUCCCCUGCCUUCCGUCUCUUCUGCACCUAUCACUAGUGGGCAAGUUCCCACCACAUUUCUGCCCGUAACUACUCCUCAAGCACAGCUUUCUUCACAAAAGAUGGAGUCUUUCUCUGCCAUGCCACCUCCCAAAGAGAAAGUACCCACACAGGACCAACCGAUACCAAACCUAUGUACCCCAUCUCCAACUGCUAAUGGUUGCAGUAGCUCUGCCAGCAAUACUCCGGGAGCUGCAGAAACUCACCCAACCAGUAGUUCCACUCCUCCUUCCAGUAACACACAGGAGGAGGCACAGCCAUCCAGUGUAUCUGAUCUAAGUCCUAUGUCAAUGCCUUUUGCCUCUAACUCAGAACCUGUUCCAUUGACUUUGGCCUCACCCAGAUUUGUCACUGCUGAUAAUCAGGACACCAGUAAUUUACCUCAAUUAGCUGUUCCAGCACCUCGAGUUUCUCAUCGAAUGCAGGCCAGAGGUUCUUUUUACUCAGUGGUACCAAAUGCAGCUAUCCACCAGGAUCCCCAGUCUAUUUUUGUUACAAAUCCAGUUCCUCUGACAACACCUCAAGGUCCACCAGCUGCAGUACAGCUUUCUUCAGCCAUGAACAUUAUGAAUGGUUCUCAGAUGCACAUAAACCCAGCAAAUAAAUCUUUACAACCUACAUUUGGCCCUGCCACACUUUUCAAUCACUUCAGUAGCCUUUUUGAUAGCAGUCAAGUGCCAGCUAACCAAGGCUGGGGAGAUGGUCCACUGUCCUCAAGAGUUGCUGCAGAUGCCUCUUUCACGGUUCAGUCAGCGUUUCUGGGUAACUCUGUACUUGGACACUUGGAAAAUGUGCACCCUGACAGCUCCAAGGCACCUGGCUUCAGAUCACCUUCCCAGCGAGUUUCUACUAGUCCAGUUGGGUUACCAUCCAUUGACCCAUCAGGCAGCUCCCCAUCUUCCUCUUCUGCUCCUCUGUCAAGUUUUUCUGGCAUACCAGGAACAAGAGUUUUCCUGCAAGGGCCAGCACCUGUUGGGACCCCUAGUUUCAACAGACAACAUUUUUCUCCCCACCCUUGGACAAGCACUUCAAACUCAUGUGACUCUCCUAUCCCAUCUGUUUCUUCGGGAUCAUCUUCACCUCUUUCAGCCACUUCUGCCCCACCAACAUUGGGCCAACCAAAAGGAGGCAGCGCCAGUCAGGAUCGAAAGAUACCUCCCCCCAUUGGGACAGAGAGGCUGGCUCGGAUUCGGCAAGGAGGGUCUGUGGCACAAGCUCCUGUGGGGACCAGUUUUGUUGCUCCUGUUGGACACAGUGGAAUCUGGUCAUUUGGUGUCAAUGCUGUGUCAGAAGGCUUAUCAGGUUGGUCACAGUCUGUGAUAGGGAAUCAUCCAAUGCAUCAGCAGUUAUCAGACCCAAGUACAUUCUCCCAGCAUCAACCGAUGGAAAGAGAUGAUUCUGGAAUGGUAGCUCCCUCUAACAUUUUUCACCAACCUAUUGCAAGUGGUUUCGUGGAUUUUUCUAAAGGCCUGCCAAUUUCCAUGUAUGGAGGCACCAUAAUACCAUCUCAUCCUCAGCUUGCUGAUGUUCCAGCAGGCCCACUGUUUAAUGGACUUCACGGCACAGAUCCUGGUUGGAAUCCUAUGAUAAAAGUUAUCCAAAAUUCAACUGAAUGCACUGAUGCCCAGCAGGCCAGUCUGCUUUCUUCAGUCCCUGGUCUCAAAGGGGAAAUCCCAUCACCCCAGCUAACCAGACCGAAGAAAAGAGCUGGACAACCAAUGGUGGCUUCUCCUAACCAAAGGCACCAGGAUCAUCUACGACAGAAAGUUCCUGCUGGAAUGCAAGAACUCACCCAUUGCUCGGACACCCCCCUGCUGCCUUCCUCAGAUUCCCGGUGUAACAAUUCCAACUGUUCCACCCUCCAAGCUGGAGUUGCUGAAGGAACAGAAGGAGACAGAGCAAGAGAUACCCGAUGAUGCACAGUUUGAAAUGGACAUCUAACUCUGUACAGAUGACCCCGUGAAUGGAGUUAUCCAUAGAGGGAUCUCUCAUGCUGCUGCUGCUGCCACCACCUCUUCCUAGGGUAUUCAAAAGCCAGCUUGCCUCAUCUAAUAGGGAAAGGGUGACUUGGUUCUGGGCCUCCUUUAGUUCUGAGGCAGCUAGACCAGGGAUAGGAGCAGGCAACUUGCCAGGCCCUUAGCUCUCUUUGGUCUAUAGAUACUCAUCCCAACCUCCAGUCCUCCGUGCUCAGAGCUGGGACUGGGGGAGAGAGUGUGUCACUUUUGGGCUGCUUAGUAAACAUUCAAAGAAA